GGCCGGUCACUCUGUUACAAACUGAUCUUCUCUUCUGAGGAGGGAUUUUGUGAAAAGAGAGUUAUAGUUAUUUUAUUUUAAUGUUCGCAUUUCAAUUAUUUGUUGGUCCAAGGGUGAAAUUUUUAUGUGUUUCUCUCCUCUGUCCCUCCACAGAAAGAUAAAAAUGCAUCUACGAGUCGUGAUCUUCGCCCUGUCAUUCUUGACAACUCUAGCAUAUCCACUACACAGUGACACCAGGGAGGCAACCUGGCCAGACCCAAAGGCCAACCAGGCUCAUGACAAGGCAGACAUCACAAAAUAUGUGGAUAAGAUCUACAAGAGCAACAUAGACAGCAGCAGCCUUUACAGCCAAGAAAAUGAUGACAACCAAAACCUUAUGGCAGAAGAGAUGCAACGCAAACUCAACAUGGAGUCAGAGCGUCUGCGCAUCCGUCUGCGCCAAGAGCUGGCCGAACUGCGAGAGAAGUUGUCUCCAUCUCCAGCACAUCUCAGCUCCACCUUGGCCAGCAUGAGGGAGCGCUUGACUCCCCUCACCCAGCAGCUCCAGAGCUCUCUCAGCAGCAACACCCAAGAUCUGUGCAGCCAGCUGAGUCUCUACCUGCAGGGCCUGGAGGCGGCCGAGACUCAGGUAGAUGCCAGUCCGGCUCUCUAUCAGGAAGCCUUCCACUGGAUGAGCCAAACCCUGGAACAUAGCAGAUUUAAAGUGUCUAAUAUCAUCAGCGACUUCCAUUCUACAGCCAGUACAGCGAUGGAACAUCUGAAAGAGAUCAGUGCUGGUGAGGAGGAGGAGGAGGCAGCCAAGUCAAAGGUCUGGCAGGAAAUGAACUCCAGGCUCAGACAAGAAGUGAGUUCACUGAGGGAGGAGGCACAGAGCAGGGCGGGGGUUCUCAAAGCACAGCUCGCUGCUAUGCAAGAAUCUGCACAACCUCGUAGGACUGAGGUGGCAGGCAGCGUGGAGCAGUUCUGCCAAAAUGCCGCCCUGCACAAUCAAAUGCUUCCGGCUCGGAUGGAAAAGCUGUUUACGGGGCUGGAAGAGGAGCUGGAGAUCCACAGAACCUCCAGUCUACCUCUGGCUUCUUCCACAUCUUUACAGGAAGGUGGAUCUUUGCAGGAGGACUUCUCUGUUAAACUCUCCGCUCUGAUCCAGGACAUUCUGCACUCAGUGCAGUGACAAAAAAGUUCAUUAGUGUUAUGUUCCCAUUAAAUGAUUUACUGGACCAGUAUUCUUGUGAAUGUGGCUUGUUGUUUGCCAUCUCGCCAGCCCAGUAAGUAGCUUGUAAAUAUUUAUAAAUGUAUGAUUCUGAUUGAUAUGUUUCUUUCAUUCUGUAUGUGAUUGAGUGAGUAACUGUCAGUGUGUAUUUACUGUGCCAUGUAAAAAGAGGAGUAAAGUUGUUGCUAAUACAGUA